CUUUCAGUCUUUCGAUAUUGCUAUAGAUAUUCGCACGUCCCAUCCGCAAUAAAAUUGAUUCCGGGGUGAAAGAGUGAAAAUUUUGAAAAUCAUCAAGAAAUUCUCACUAUUUUCGGUUUAUCACUGCGGUUUGGGACGUCUUUGCGUGUUUGUUUUGGGCGUGCAAGUGUGAGAAAAGUGUGGAAAUUUGCGGAGAGAGAAGAGAAAAAUUGGGUGGAAAAUUUUUUUCUUUCUCCCCAAAAACUAGUGUCUGUGUGAAAAAGGGUAGAAAAGGAAGUGUCUCUUCGAAAAAGUCUUCAGAGAGAUAUUUCCGCAUUUGUAGAGUGAAAACAGAGGAUUAGAAGUUCACAGAGUUACAACUGGAGAAGAUAAUUCAGCGUCACUGAUUGAGUGUGGACUUGUAGAUUGUGAAGAAACAUGUCGACCGAAGCCGAAACAACUGAGAAGGAAACAACUGAACAGGAAACAACUGAACAGGAGGCUGCUCCCGAUGGACUCGCUCCUGCCGCUCCCGGCGGUGAACCCAACGAAGAUGGAAUUGUCGGUGGACCAAGAACACCCCAACAAAUAGCGGCUCAGAAGCGACUCCAACAGACCCAGGCGCAGGUGGAUGAGGUCGUGGACAUCAUGAAGACGAAUGUGGAGAAGGUCCUGGAGAGAGAUCAGAAGCUUUCCGAGUUGGAUGAUCGAGCUGAUGCUCUUCAGCAGGGCGCGUCACAAUUUGAACAGCAAGCUGGCAAAUUGAAACGAAAAUUCUGGUUGCAGAAUCUAAAGAUGAUGAUAAUCAUGGGCGUCAUUGGACUCGUUAUACUUGCGAUAAUUGUAGCCAAAUUCAUGCCACAGGAUCAGGCUCAGCAACCUCAGUACUACAUGCCGCCGCCACAGGUGGCUCAGGCACCAGUCGCGGCGGCCGCCCCCGCUGCUCCGGCCGCCGCCGCGCCGGCCGCUCUUGUCGAUGAUCAUCUCCACGCCCACGAUCGCGCAAUCAACUAAGCAAGCAGCGACUUUGCCAGGAUGAUCACUAAUCUUAUAAAGUUUCCUCUAACAUUUAAUAAGGCAAAAUAACAUAUUUGAAAGAGAAAAAGAAGAGAAAGGAAGAGACACACAUGAAUAUUAAAUACAUUAAAAUGAAAUUUUAAUGAGAAAUAAAUUGAUCACUCAUGUGAAACGGGUGGGGAAGAAUUAAUCAAAUUAAUCCAUUUAAUGAGUGAUUGUCGACAAGACGUUAAUUUAGCAUAUUAAAAGGAAAAGAAGAAAACUAUAUUCAAUGAUUAAUGAAAAUUUAGCAUGGCAAAAUAUCUACUUUUUCAUUAAUUAGCAAAGAAACUUUAUAGAGAAAAAGAUGCGUAAAAUGUAUUAAUUUGAAAGUUCAUAAAUUUUUGACAAAAAAAAAUAAAGCACUGACUUUAGAGAAUUUCAGAACUUUUGAAGAAGAAGAAAAAAACAAACAUUUCGCACUGAGAAAUAAAAUUUCUUUUUUCCCCUCCCAAAAAAACUAAGAAACAUUUCAAAUUUCCAUUUAAUUAGAAUUUUAAAUGCCUAGCAAAGAUUAAGAGAAAUAAAUUGUUAUCUUUUGAAUAUUAUGAAAGAAAGAAAGAAAGAAAAAAGAACCCACAAAUGAUUCAUUGACUUUUCACCCUGGAAAAACAAAUUCGAUUCCUCGUCCUUUCUUCAAGCACACCGAAAAGGGGCGAACAAUGAAUAAUUUGUAGAGAAAAAAAAAACAUGAAGAACAAGAGAUUGGAAAUGAAUUACAAGAAUUCAAGUACAAUAAUUACAAAAUUAACCGCAUAAUAACAAAUUAGUGACUAAAAGAGGUGGGAGAAGAAAAUAAACAUAGGGAAAAACUUGUUUCCUCUUGAUCUCUUUUUAAUUAAAUGUCUGUUUCAAAAGUGGAUUUAAACAAACAACAAAAAAAAAUGCAAAGACAAGUAAAAUUAUUAUAAAUGACAUUGAAAAAAAAUGGAAAACUAUUGAAAAAAACCAACGACAUUCUGCAGAAUAGAAAACUUUUGAAGCGAGAGGAGAAAGAGAGAAAAAAAUGUGUAUAUUUUCCGUUUUUUAGUUAAAUGCAAAUUAUUUUCAUAAUUCCAUAUUUAUGAGAAUUAUGAGAAAAAGAAAAUGCUUGAAAAGAUGUAUUUAUCAAAGAUUCGUUUUUGUGUUAACAAAUUGCAAGAUUUAAAGUAUAAAUGAGAAAAAAAAACAACUAAACUUAUCAGAUUAUAUAGUAAAUGAUAAAAAAAAAAGUGAAAUAUUACCUUCAAAUAUUACAUACCUAUUGAAAUGACAUGUAUUUAAAUGAGGAAUAAACAAUAAAAAUGAGGAUUGUAGCAAAUUUGGGAAGAUAAAACAAUGGUUCCAAGGAUGUUUUGGCGGGAAGGACAGCAUGUAACGAAUUGGAAAUGGAUUUUGCGUAUAGAGAAUAUCGAAGGGAAAAUAUUAUUAAAAAGAAAAAAAAACAUAGAAUCUCUGAGUAAGAAAAAAGAAACUAAACGUAAAAAAAUUACAUGACAAAAAAACAUGA